CUUAAGUGGGAGCCCUUAGAGCGUUUUACUCCCCAUACUAACUGUGUGUGCAAUUUAACCCCUAAACUACCAAAAAUCACACAUUUAAGCCCCCACGACCAAACGCCGUUAGUCAACGUCCGAUUUUUUUUGCGCGGGUUUUCUCACCCCACUUUCAGUCCAACAGUCUCUCAAGUAAAUGAAUCCUCCCAUCAAACAUCCUCAAAAUUUUAUGAAUUAAUCGGCAACUCGAAGAAGAAGAGGGUUUCUGGGAAGAAGAAGAGGGUUUCUGGGAAGAAAAAGAGAGAUUACCGGGAAGAAGAAGAAAGAUUACCAGUUGAACGACGAAGAAGAAGAGGGUUUUCAGGUGAGUACUCAUAGGAUUCUUAGCGUGUGAUGAUGAUUAUGCAGCAUGCAAAUCUUUUAUGAUUUUAAUUUUUGUUCUGCUUCCUCGAUUAUUGCUUGAAAUUUUUUCUUCUUGUCUGUAAAUAUGUGCAGUAUGGCGCCUCCUGUUCUUUUUAUUUUCAACUUUUGGGGUGUAUGGAAAAAAGAUGAAGAUUCUGGUGAUUUGAUUCAUGAUGGUUAUAAUUCUGUUGAGCUUGAGGAUAGUGCUAAAAAUAUGACUUUUGAUCGGAUUAAUGAUGAAUAUGAGAAGAUUUAUGGGAGUAAACCUAGUAAAGUUUAUGCGUGUGAUGAGGAUUAUAAGGUAGAGAAUGGCCUAGUUCACCUUAGGGAUUCAAAACAUUGUCAUAAGGUGUUAGACUAUUUUGAAUUAGUUAACCAAGAGCAAGUUCAUUUUUUUGCUGAUCAUGAUAGAGAUCCUAUGCCUUCUAUCACACCACUUGCCUUGUUCCCGGAUGAUAGUGCUGAUGACAACUUAGAUGGGGAAGGGGCUGAGCCAACUAGUGGGGGUGAACAUAAUGAUGGUGAAGAUUUAGGAAAUGUGACUGGUGUGGAAGGGGCAGAGGAGGCAGAGGGUGAGCAGGAGGCAGAGGGUGAGCUUGAUGAGGGAGAUUCUGAUGAUUCUAGUGUGUUUAGCCAAGAAUCAUCAGAGAGUGAGGAAGAGAACAAUAUUCAGAUGAUUGGGUCUGUAGAAGAUGGUCAGGAGGGUAGUUUUUCUUUGGGCAUGACCUUUGCAGAUGCAAAGGAUGCUAAGGAUGCCAUACAUGCCUAUGGGGUUAAGUUUGGGUACAAGUUGAAGUUCCUUAAAAAUGAACCUAAGAGAAUAAGAGUCGUUUGCAUGAAUGAAGUGUCUUGUCCAUUUGUUAUACUUGUGUCUAAGGAUGGUGAUAUAGAAGGGUUAAUGGUGAAGACCUUAGUGGCAGAUCACACAUGUAAUAAACAGAGAGAAGUCCCAAGUGUAAGCCAAGGUUAUCUUGCUAAGUAUUUCAAGAAUGCUGUUUAUAGAAACCCAAAGUUCACUAGUAAAGACAUGCAAGGGCAUGUGAAGGAACAUCUUAAGCUUCAUGUGAGUCUUCACAAGUGUAAGAGGGCUAAGAGAGACAUAAUUACUAACCUUGAGGGCAGCUAUAAGGAAGAGUUCAAUAGGCUGUGUGCAUAUAUUGAAAAGGUUAAGGAAGUCAUGCCUGGAACAAAGAUGGAGCUUGGCUUGUCUGCUGAGCAGUUAGAGAACAACAAGAGAGUUUUCAAGAGACUGUUUGUGAUGUUGGAGCCCUUGAAACAGAAUUGGUUGGGGGGGUGUAGGAAGUUCAUCUGUCUAGAUGGCUGCCAUUUAAAGGGAGUCACUUUUGGCUGCCUUUUAACUGCAGUAGGCAAGGAUGGCAAUGAUGGGAUUGUGCCUAUAGCAUGGGCUGUUGUGAACAAGGAGAAUAAGAGUAAUUGGACAUGGUUCAUGAGAUGGUUGAAGCAAGAGUUACACCUUGAUGGAGGGGAUCAUAUCACCAUUAUGUCAGAUAUGCAGAAGGGCUUGAUGGAGGCUGUGAAAGACAUUACUCCAUAUGCUGAGCACAGAUGGUGUGCAAGGCAUAUAUAUGCAAACUGGAGUAAAAAGUGGAGAGGAGAGGAGAUGAAGAAGAGAUUCUGGAUUGCAGCUUGGAGCUCGUUUGAGGAAGAAUUCAAGCUGAAUAUGGUCAAACUGAGGGGAAUAAACAGGAAGGCACAUGAUGAGCUUCUACACUAUCCUCCUGCAAACUGGUGUAGGGCAUAUCAAAGCACCAGAUGCUCAACUAACAUGGUAGAUAACAACUGCUCUGAGUCUUUUAAUUCCAGUAUAAGUGAUGCACGAUAUAAACCUAUUAUCAGCAUGUUAGAAGAUAUUAGGUUGUUAGCUAUGAAAAGAAUAAGUGAUAGGAAAUCUGCAGUUCAAACUUGGAAGACAGUUUGGUCGCCUAAUGCAUUGAAAUUUUAUGAGGCUAACAAGAUUGACUCAGGGGAUUGUAAUGUGGUAUGGAAUGGUGAGUAUGGCUAUGAGGUGUCAGAGGGUGAAGAUAGGCACAUAGUUAAAGUUGACAGAAAGACUUGCACAUGUAGGGGUUGGGAUCUGACGGGAAUCCCUUGUUCCCAUGCCAUUGCUGCUUUUUUUUCAAGCUCAAUGGAUCCCCUGCUUGCCAUUAGUCAGUGUUAUCACAGGGACUCAUAUGCCAAGGCAUAUGAACACUUAAUCAAACCAUUACCUGGUGUAAAGUUUUGGAAUGUCAAAGAUGAAGAUGCAAUAGAGCCACCCCCUGUUGAAAAGAAGAUUGGGAGGCCUAAGAAGAACCGAGUCAGAGCACCCAAUGAACCUAAACGCAAGCACAAGCUGUCCAGAGUGGGGAAAACACAACAUUGCAGCCUAUGUAGGAGUGCAAACCAUAAGAAAGGUGCAUGUGCAUUGAACCCUACGAAGGUCAACAAAGAUGCAGAGGCAUCUACCUCUGCAAAGUCUAAAGGGAAAGCUCCAGCAGGACUUGGCCUCUAUGUGGAUUUGGAUACUGGGACUCAAAUUCUGAAUCCCGGAGGAUCACAAUCAAUAGUCAUAAACGAUGACACACCAAAUGUCAGGUUUGCCAUACCCAAUGAGAGAGAGCUCAGAAUGGAAAAACGAAUGGAGAAAAGAAAGAGAGAAAACUCCACAGCAGCUGGUGAGAACUCGAAGACAAAGAAGACAACAACAAAGCCUUUCAAGCCUCCAAGAGGCAAGGAUCAAGAACAGCAACAAGAACCAGUGCUUAGAAGAUCUCCAAGGAGACUAAACGUAAUUUCAACUGCUGGAUCAACAACAAGCAGUUGAAAUUACCUUUAAUAGUGUUUCUUUUGAAAUAUCAAGUGUCAAUUAGAAUCUAGUUUGAAACUCAACACUAUGUUUUGAUUAAGUCAGUCCAUAAUUUGCAUUAUCAGUAUUUCUUUUGAAGUUAGUUGUAUAGUGUUUUUGGCAUUAGGUGUUAAA